AUGGCAUCUACCCAGAAGGCCACAGUCUAUCAUGUGUUGAAGACAAAUAAAAGUGGGUCCAAGGUAGCGGUUUCAUCACACAGAGGGGCUGAGGUGACUGCCUCCACUCCUCAGCGGGGCCAUGGCUAUGUUUCCUCAAGCCAGCGAGGCCCUGCUGUCUCCUUGAGCCCUUCCCAGAGAAGAUCCGAAGCUGCAACUCUCACCACUCACUGUUCAGUGGCAGACUAUCCUCGCUCUCUGUCCCCACAGCCAGGGCCUGGCCCCUCUACAGUCUCCACUUCACGGGGAACUGAGACCCGACCAAGAACAGAGACAUCCCGCCCUCGCUCUCCUCAUCGAAAGAACCAGUCAGUGCAGACACUAUCUUCCCAUCUCUCAGGAGGGCGUCGGAAUGUCAGCCCAAUGAGGGAAGAAUCAACCCGAAGAUACGAGAACAAGCCAGGCCGUGAGGUUGGCUACCAUUCCUCUUUGGCUUCUGAUGCCAAAUACCGCCACUUGAGUUUUGUAAGUGAGAAGGAAGAGGACCCACCCUCCAAGGUCCAGAACCCCCAGGGGGUUAAAGUACCCCGUAGGGUUUCAGCUUAUCCAAAGGAUGAAGCUAUACAAACAGAGCCCCCCCGAAGGACUACUGUUGAGGUCAAAUCUGCCAGAAAUGUCUCAGAGCAUGGCAGUCAUGGCACCAGUGACCAUCAGACAGUCGUUAGAAAGAUCCCUCCCCAGGAAUCAGAAAUUGCUCCUCUCAGCUCAAUUCUCUCAGAACCUAAGCAAAAGAACGUGAAAGCAUCACCAGGCCUCAAACUCUCUGUCCUCAGAGAUUUAGAUGGGGCACCCCGAGUUCCUUUGCGUUCAGAUCGUACAGUCUAUGUGGAGACCAAGCCCUAUUCAAAGGUUUUAAUAUCAGAAAUAGAACCCACCAUGAAGCCUCCAACCCGAGACCGUGAGGUUGGACGCAAGGUGACCAUCUCCUCAGGAAAACAGUCAGUACAGUCACCUCAUCGUGUGACAACUCGAGCAGUAUCUGAAGGACACUAUAAAUCUCCCCUGUAUACAGAUCUGUCGCCAAAGCCCUCCAUCCAUGCAGAACUGGAGUUGACCCCUCGGCCUUUGCCCCCGAGGUCCUUACCUAGGUAUGGGCCUGGUUGCUCAUGGUGGGCCUUACUGAAUCCUAAAGUUGAAACGCCCCCAAACCAGCCAUCAAUAUUUGAUUUUGAACCUACGUCCCCUCCUCCCCUAGACCCUUUAGAGUCUUUUUUUGAAAUGGACUCAAACCUUUUCUGUGAGGACCUGAUGUUCCAGAGAGAAAGAGGAAGCCUGCCGCCGUCACCAAAGGAGUCUUUACACCGAGUCCCAUUGUUAGACAUGCCGAAGACCCCGAAGCACACCAGCAAACAUCCCAUUCAAGGUUUCAAUGCUUUCUUUCUGGAUGUCUCUGAGGAGAUGUACAACCGGAUCCUCUGGUGGCUGAAAGGUCUGUGUUCCCCCUUCUUGUAG